GCAGCGGCUUCGGAGACAGCGGCGGCGGGGGCAGUCGCCGCCACCGACGGGAGCCACAGGUGUCCCGAAGCUCUAAAGACCUGGGAUCCCGAGCCUAGGUGCUGCGAAGGAUGGCGCUCAAACGCAUCCAGAAGGAGCUCCUCGAUCUGACGCGGGACCCCCCGGCCCAGUGCUCCGCGGGUCCUGUGGCAGACGACAUCUUCCACUGGCAGGCUACCAUCAUGGGGCCCAAUGACAGUCCCUACCAGGGAGGCGUCUUCUUCCUAACCAUCCAGUUCCCGUCCGAUUACCCUUUCAAACCACCCAAGGUCGCAUUCACCACCCGAAUUUACCAUCCGAAUAUCAACCGAAAUGGAAGUAUCUGUCUAGACAUCCUUAGGUCCGAGUGGUCGCCAGCAUUGACCAUUUCCAAAGUGUUGCUGUCCAUCUGCUCCAUGCUGUGCGACCCCAACCCGGAUGAUCCUUUGGUCCCAGAAAUUGCGAAGAUCUACCGAAAGGACCGGACCAAGUAUGAGCGAAUAGCUCGAGAAUGGACUCAGAAAUAUGCCAUGUGAUUUCAAAAUAAAAGUCCAUC